UGUGCACAAACGUUUGCGUCCUAACAAGGCGGUGACGUCACCGCUUUGUCAGUCUCCCUGCACCGCGGUCGUUCCGUCGAGGCUGUACGAGCUUUUCCCGAUAACUGAUAAUCGCUAUUUUUCGGGUGAAGAUGGCCGCAGGUCCCCUCUCUGAGUCCUCCAAUGCAUCGACAAACAACGAUGGCAUUCUCAUCGGUGACAAAGUUUACUCUGAAGUGUACCUUACUAUCGACAACUCGCUCAUACCGGAGGAGAGGCUCUCUCCGACGCCGUCGAUGGUGGACGGCCUCGACUUGAACACAGAGACCGACCUUCGCAUUCUCGGGUGUGAACUUAUUCAGUCGGCGGGCAUUCUUCUCCGGUUACCGCAGGUGGCUAUGGCAACUGGGCAAGUGCUGUUUCAUCGCUUUUUCUAUUCAAAGUCCUUCGUCAAGCACAGUUUUGAGAUUGUUGCUAUGGCUUGUAUCAACUUGGCCUCCAAGAUUGAGGAAGCACCUAGACGAAUAAGAGAUGUCAUAAAUGUUUUUCACCAUCUGAGACAGAUCAGAGGCAAAAAGACUCCAAGUUCAUUGAUACUUGAUCAGAACUACAUAAAUACAAAAAACCAAGUCAUCAAAGGAGAACGGCGGAUCCUGAAGGAGCUGGGCUUCUGUGUGCAUGUCAAGCAUCCUCACAAGAUUAUCGUCAUGUACCUUCAAGUCCUUGAGUGUGAGAAGAACCAGACACUUGUCCAGACGGCCUGGAACUACAUGAAUGAUACCCUGCGGACAAAUGUGUUUGUGAGAUUCCAAGCGGAGACCAUAGCGUGUGCCUGCAUAUUCCUCGCUGCUCGAGCCCUGCAGAUACCUCUACCAUCCAGGCCUAAUUGGUACCUGCUGUUUGGAGCCAGUGAGGAUGAAGUUAAAGAGGUCUGCAUCACCACCCUCAAGCUCUACACCAGGAAGAAGCCUAACUACGACCAGAUGGAGAAGGAGGUGGAUCGGAGGAAAAUGUUCUUGGCGGAGGCCAAGCUGAAAGCGAAAGGCCUGAAUCCCGAUGGCACCCCUGCUUUGUCCACACUCGGUGGCUUCUCUCCGGCUUCCAAACCGUGCUCGCCAAGCGUGGCAAAGGCAGAGGAGAAGUCCCCGAACCCCCAGACCCUCAAACCAGUUAAGAAGGAGCUAGAGAGCCGGACUCAGGUCAACAAGAGUCCACACAAUGGCUUAAGGAAGGACAUGAAGAUUGGGAAGAACAGUAGGAGCAGAAGUCGAUCUCGGUCUAGAACACGGUCCCGGUCUAGAUCCCGCUCGCCUCGCAGACAUUACAACAGCAGACGCAGUCUCUCAGGGACGUACAGCUCGCGCUCACGCUCUCGCUCUCACAGUCGUAGUCCGUCACCUCGGCGACAUCCGCCCUCCCCCCUCCUCCCCCACCUCAAGUCCAAGUCCAGCCACCACAGCAAUAGCGACUCCAAGCCCAGCAGUCGCCACAGCAACAGUGCUGGCGGAACGGCUCACAAGAGGAAGCGCUCGCGUUCUCGCACGCGGUCCCGCACUCCGGUCAAAGUGGACCGGGAACGGGACCGAGAGAGGGAACGGGAGAGAGACAGAGAGCGCAGCUCCUUUGAGCUCACCACGAAGAAACACAAGCACGAGCGAGGAGGCGGUCACCGUGGAGACCGGCGAGAGAGGGAGCGGUCCUACGACAGGGACAGGGAGCGAGAGCGUGGCCACAAGAGCAAACACCACAGCAGUAGUGGCCACUCAGGACACCGCCACCGCCGCUAAGGACCCGUCCCCUCUCUUCCAACCCCCCACUCCCGUCCCCUCUUCCAAUCCCCCUCUUCCAAUCCCCCUCUUCCUCCCUCAACAGGCUGUCUCGAGGACUGAUGGUCACUGAAGUAUUUUCAGUAUACUCAAUAUCAGAAUAAUUUUGACGUGUUCUCUGAGCGCAGUGUGCUAAAUCAGUGCAGCUCCGAGUGUUUGCAUUCGAUGACGUCACGUCUUGCGAGUUCUUCUGAAGGUUGACUGAAUGGUUGCACUUAAACAAAUAUCUGCAGCCUGUCAGAAGACAUCGCUGACGUGUCCUCUGCCCAUGUGGUUGGGGGAACAUGCAAAGUUUGGUUCCAUUUUGGGUAUACUGGGCCUAAUACCAACAUAGUUGGGUUACUGGGUUUCUCAUAUGCAUUCUAAAAAUGACCAUUUAAACUAUAUGCUUUACAGGAAUUUUGAUCCUCUUUUUUGCUGGCCUCAAAACGGUAAAAACAAAUUUACUUAUUUUUAUUGAAUUUCUUUUUUGUCAUCGCUGGUAUUUAUGGAAACGAUGUUGACUAAAUCCUGCACAUACCUUCUGCAUGUACAAUGUCUUAGUUAUAAAAUACUCAUUGAUUUGACUCAUCGACGCAACAGCACACUUGUAGCUGAUAUUUGGCGGAGGUGGUUGAUGUUGUGUUUCCGUGGACUGGCUGUGUGUGUGUGUGUCUGUCUGUGUCUGAGGAACCCGGGCUGCAGCCGUAUCCACCAGCAGUAAGUGGACUAUUUGUACGUUUACUCACCUUUUUCCACUGGUUGAUGGAAGACACCAAUGCAGCGCGACAUCAGGCCCAGACCGGUUGUCCCGCCCUCUCCUGCUACAAGUUGCUCUUCCUUUUCCCUUGAUACCUCCACCCUGCACACACCACAACCAUCUCUCUAGCCUACCCUUGCGUUCUUAGUUUUACAUGUAAAGUUAUGGACUUUGGGAAAAACAAAACUUAUUUACAGUGUAAAGAUGGCUCGAUAUCUGCUGACAAAAUGUGAACGCUUUGAUUUAUAAAAGCAAACCGCUCAGUGGAACAUUGAAUGAACAAAUGUCAAGCGAUCAUUCAGGAAGAUCAGUAUGUUUGCAAAUUAAGGGACAGAUGGGGGAGUGGUAUAUUUUAUUUUCCAUCAUUUUUUUUGACAAAUGUAUGUUGCUAAAGCAGUUUUGUACAGUUUCAAUUAUAGAUUUUUUUUUUUUUUUUUACAGCAGGAGUUGCAGAUUUGAUUUGAAGCAGUUUAUGGUUGUCAAUUUGUUACACUGGUUUUUAGUCUGCACGUGUUCAUGUCCAAUUUUUAUUCAAUAAUAAAUGAGCUAUGCCA